AGACGGGAUUGUGGAAUGUUUCUGCGGUGUUUGUGGAAAGUCAGCUGUUGAGUCAAUUUUAGGAUGCCGGAUUAUCUUAGUUUGAACACAAACGGAUACGCUACUUCCAGGAUGGAAACUAAUUCUACCUCAAGUAUUGACACGAUGGAGACUUUUUGGAGUGGAAAUGAAUGUAUUGAGGAGAGGCUAUCGAAGUUCAUUUGCAAUGAAUUCCUCUCAGAUAUGAUUUUUGUGGUUGGAAAAGAAAAGAAGAGAGUUCCUGGACACAAGUUCAUUCUAAAUUCAUGCAGUUGGCAGUUCUACAAUGCAUUCAAUCUGCUAAAGUUGGACAAAGAUGAACUUUCGGUUGAGGAUGUGUCUUAUGAGUCAUUUCUAGGAUUUCUCAGUUAUUGCUACACGGGAAAGGUAGUUUUGGGUAAUGGGAAUGCAUUUGACAUUUACAAAUUGGCUCAGAGAUUCCAAAUUGAUCAUCUUCUGGGUCUCUGUGAGGAUUGUAUCUUUACCAGUGUCUCAAAGAAUACGUGCAUGGAGUUGUACAGCAAAAGUACAUUUCUGGAGGAAGAUUCAGAUCUUAAAAUAAAGAUCUUAAAUACCAUUGAGGAAAAUUUUUCCUACCUCAUACAAGAUUGGUCAGUAAUGAAAAUCUUUGUGGAUCUUCCAUUGGCAUUACUGAGAGAAAUUGUUGCUUUGGAGCAUUUGCAGUCAGAUGAAAUGGAAUUGUUUGAUGCCCUGAUGAAAUGGGCAACUCAGGCCUGCUACAAAAUUAAGAUUUUGCCAUCAGCUAAGAAUCUUCGGAAGAUUCUCUGUGAUGUCUUCUACAAGAUUCGCUUCCCAGCCAUGAAAAUGGAAUGGUUUGUGGAGAUUCUGGCGAAAUAUCCAGAAAUGCUGACACCACACGAAAUUUCCAAUAUUUCCCAUGCCAUCAGGGGUGAUGUUAAGGUCUGCUCGAAGUUCAAUCACAAUCCCAGAAGGAAUAACUUUCCAAUGUUGAGGAAUUCAAUGAAGCUGGAAAUUACGGAAGGAACUCUUGUGCCAUGCUACCUCAAUACAUUGCAAAUGAUGAAUAUUUCCACAUCAGCAAUGUCCAUUAAAUUCAGGGGUGAUAAAUCCAAAGUUUUGCUUGGAUAUGGCUUCAUUGCCCAAAAGGGCCACAAACUGAAUAUCAUAUCGUGCAAAAUCAAGCAAGAAAAUUCUUUUGGACAUGAAAAUUUAACGACUUCCUUUGGGACGCGCUACAAAUUAAGCUGGGACUAUGACUUGAUAAUUGUCCGCUUCGGACGUAAGCAGAGCGUGAUGAAUAAGACCAACAAUUGGUACGAGCUUUGCUGCACAUUCGACAAAAAUGUUGCCCAUUUGAGUUCAGAAUCUCUCUCGUCAUUUGGCGAAGUGAAGAUCAAUGAAAUUUACGUUAGAACUGGACAAUACGCUAUAAUUCCUUACUUGGUUUUUGAAUAAUCCUGUUUAAACUUUAUUUAUCAAAAAGGAUAAAAAAAAAGAUUAUGUCCUCUAAACACUAAAAAUUAACUGUUAUUACCAAAUUUAUUAUGUUUCUUAAUAUCUGAAAAAUGAAUAAAAAAAAUGGAGUAAGAAUUUUCUGUUAUUAAAGAUUUUUUUCUAAUA